UCUCUCUCUCAAAAAUAAACAAAACAUUAAAAGAGAAAAAAAACACACAACCACACAGAUCUAGAGAACUCUGCAGAUGUGGAAAGCCACAGGCAAUCACAGGAGGCAGGAAGGAAGUGGACCAAAAUGUUAACGGAAGUUCUCCGAGGGACAGGGCAUUGGGCAUUAUAGUUUUUUUCUUUUUUUUAGUUUUAUCCAGAUUUUCUAACGAUUUAUCUGUCUUACUUCCAUAACCAGAAAAACUACUACAAAAUGCUAUGUUAUAGAAAGACGCACCUUUGUCAUUCCGAACACCCUAAGUUUGCAACGUCACAUCCCACCAGAGCCUGUGUAAGGGAUGAGAGCCUGCUGGGGCCUGGGGAGAGAGGCCCCAUCGUGCUAGAAGAUUUUAGCUUUCGCCUGCCUUUUCAACUGGUUCUGGUUCACGUUGGGAAAUGAUUUACGGACCUUCUUUGUUUUCAGUUAGGUUUUAGUUUGGGAUUUGAAAUGACUCAGAGCCAGCAUUAAUUUGAACUUAACUGCACGCAUAUUAAAACAGUGUUGGAACUUGAGUAGCUGGGAUGAGAUGUCACCAACCCAUUUCCCUGCGUUGAGACCAAGUUGACCCUCAUGUGUUGUGGCCCUGAAGACUUUCCACUUGUAUUUCUUCAUCCUGUGUUACUAAGCCCCCUUCGGUGGUCUUCCUCCCCACAAGUUCGAUCAGAAGGAGAAGGCCACCCUUCUGGGCAACAGGAAGGACUACUGGGAUUACUUCUGUGCCUGCCUGGCCAAGGUGAAAGGAGCCAAUGACGGGAUCCGAUUCGUCAAGUCGAUUCCGGAGCUCCGGACAUCUCUGGGAAGAGGAAGGGCGUUCGUUCGCUACUCCCUGGUACACCAGCGGUUGGCAGAUACCUUACAGCAGUGCUUCAUGAACACCAAAGUGACCAGUGACUGGUAUUAUGCACGGAGCCCCUUUCUGAAACCGAAGCUGAGCUCCGACAUCGUGGGCCAGCUCUACGAGCUGACUGAGGUUCAGUUUGACCUGGCAUCCAGGGGCUACGAUUUGGACGCCGCCUGGCCGACGUUUGCCAGGAGGACGCUGGCCGCUGGCUCCUCUGCCUACCUGUGGAGACCCCCCAGCCGAAGCUCCAGCAUGAGCAGCUUGGUGAGCAACUACCUGCAGACUCAGGAGACGGCCUCCAGCUUUGACCUGAGCAGCCCCUUACACAACGAGGCGCUGGAGGGCUUCGACGAGAUGCGCCUGGAGCUGGACCAGCUGGAGGUGCGGGAGAAGCAGCUGCAGGAGCAGGUGCACCAGCUGGACACAGAGAACCAGGAGCUGAGGGCGACCGUCAGCCUGCAGGGGGAGCAGCUGCAGACGGAGAGGGAGAGGGGCCGCGCCGCGGCUGAGGACAACGCCCGCCUCACUCGCCUGGUGGCCGAGCUCCAGAAGCAGUGGGAGGUCACCCAGGCCGCACAGAGCGCCGUGAAGGAGCUUCAGGAGUGCCUGCGGGCCCUGGAGCGGGGGGCGGCGGAGGAGGAGGAUUCCCACUCGGCCCUGCGGCGGCUGGAGUCCGUGCUGCAGCCCCUGGCCCGGGAGCUCGAGGCCGCGUGGGGCUCGCCGGACAGGAAGAGCCCGCGGUCGGCAGAGCAGGAGGCAGAUUCGGUGCCUGCUCCGGUGCCGGACACGCCGGGGCGGCGGAAGCCCCUCCCCGGGGACCCGGCGCCGGAGACCCAGGAGCUGGGGGAGAAGCUUCGGGCCCUGGAGAGAGAGCACGCCAAGGUCCAGGAGCUCAGCAGGCAGCAGAGCGCCCAGCUGGGGCAGCUGGCCGAGGAGCUACGGCUGAAGGAGGAGGCCCGGGCCGGCCUGGAGCACCGGCUGGAGGAGCUGGCCGGGAAGGGGCAGGAGGCCACCCGGCUGCGGCGACAGCUACACGAGGCCCUCGCCCACCUGAGCUCCCUGGAGGAGGAGCUGGCAGAGGUGAGGCAGGAGGAGCGGCAGCGGCGACAGGAGAAGGAGCUGCUGGAGCAGGAGGCCGGGGCGCUGGCGCGGCAGCUGCGGGUCCUGGAGGCCCAGCUGGCGCAGCUGAGCCAGCACGUGGGUGACCUGGAGGAGCAGAGGCAGCAGCUCGCCCGGGACAGAGACCACCUGAGCCAGAAGGUGGGGGCGCUGGAGCGGCUGGCCGAGCAGCCGGGGCCCCCGGGCGCCACCCCGCGGCAGGCCUCCAGGGGGCCGGAGGAGGGGCAGCACAGCCCACAGGAGGGCCAGACAGGUGGCCCCGAGACGCCAGGGAGCGGACGGGAGGAGAGGCUCCAGCAGGCCGACGGGGAGCUGAAGAAGGAGCUGCAGAAAGCACUGGAACGCAACCAGCUCCUCGAGGGCAAGCUGCAGGCCCUGCAGGCCGACUACCAGGCGCUGCAGCAGCGGGAGGCGGCCAUCCGGAGCUCCCUGGCCUCCCUGGAGUCUGAGCAGGCCAGCAUCCGGCACAUGGGAGACCAGAUGGAGGCGAGCCUCCUGGCCGUGAGGAAGGCCAAGGAGACCAUGAGGGCCCACGCGGCGGAGAAGGAGGCCGCCCUGCGGAGCAAGGAGGCCGAGUGCCAGCAGCUGCAGGAGGCGGUGGGGCAGUGCCGGCAGCGGGCAGAGGCCCAGGAAAGGGAGCUCAAGGCCCUUGAGAGCCAGUGCCAGCGGCAGACCCAGCUGAUCGAGACCCUCCGCGCAGAGAAAGGCCAGCAGGGGCUCGGCCCCCCCGAAGGCACCGCCCCCCGGGAGCCGGGGGCCCAGCUGGCCCCGAGGCAGGCAGAGCCAGAGGCCCGGCAGGGGGAGGCGGGGGUGCCAGACCUUCAGGCCGAGCUCCAGGCAGCCCUGGGUGACCGGGAGAAGGCCCAGAGCCAGCUGAGCGUGGCCGAGGCCGCUCUGAGGGAGCACAGGGCCCUCGUGCAGCAGCUGCAGGAACAGAACGAGGCCCUCAAGAAGGCCCGCGGUCGGGAGCCGCCGCAGGGCUCGGGGCACGAAGGGGCGCUGCGGGAGGACAGGGCCGAGGAGGAGCAGUCCCAGGCAGGACACGGCUCCCGGGAAGCCCCGCUGGGACAGGCCGAGCCGCGGGAGCAGCUGCCCGGGGCCAGCGCAGACACAGCCGAGCCCCACGGCCACCGCUGCACUCAGCUCGUGGAGAAACAGCAGGCGGAGGAGGCCCUGGCCCGCGCCGUCCAGGAGCUCCGUGACGCCAGAGAGGCGGCCUCGAGGGAGCGGGAGGGCCUGGAGCACCGAGUGGCUGGGCUGCAGCGAGAGAAGGACGCCUUGCAGGAGAGGCUGAAGGUGGCCGAGGAGGCGGCCCGCUCCUUGCCCGGCCUGCAAGCCCAGCUGGCCCAGGCCGAGCAGCGGGCGCAGAGCCUCCAGGAGGCCGCACACGAGGAGCUCAGCGCUCUCAAGUUCCAGCUGAGCACCGAGAUCAUGGACCACCAGAGCAGACUGAAGGCUGCCAGUGAAGACUGCGGGAGCCUCAGGGCCCAGCUUGAGGAGCAAGGCCGGCAGCUGCAGGCCGCCGAGGAGGCUGCGGAGAGGCUGAAGGCCACCCGGGCAGAGCUGGGAGAGAAGCUGAACUGCACCGGCAAGCGUCUCGCAGAGUGCCAGGCCGCCCUGCGGAAGAAGGACGAGGAGGGGGCCGUCCUGCGCGAGAGCUUGGACAGGACCCAGAAGGAACUCGAAAAGGCCACGACAAAAAUCCAGGAGUAUUACAACAGACUCUGCCAGGAGGUGACAAACCGGGAGAAGAAUGACCAGAAGAUGCUCGCGGACCUGGAUGACCUGAAUAGAACCAAGCAGUACCUGGAGGAGAGGCUGAUCGAGCUGCUCAGGGACAAGGAUGCUCUCUGGCAAAAGUCAGACGCCCUGGAGUUCCAGCAGAAGCUCAGCGCUGAAGAGAGGUGGCUCGGGGACGCGGAGGCCAGCCACUGUCACGACUGCAAGCGGGAGUUCAGCUGGAUGGUGCGGAGGCACCACUGCAGGAUCUGUGGCCGCAUCUUCUGUUACUACUGCUGCAACAACUACGUCCUGACCAAGCACGGCGGCAAGAAGGAGCGCUGCUGCAGGGCCUGCUUCCGCAAGUUCAGUGACGGCCCCGGCUCCCCCGACAGCGCCAGCUCGGGCACCAGCCAGGGAGAGCCCAGCCCUGCGCUGUCGCCGGCCCCAGGCCGCGCCGGGCCCCAGGCCGCCGCCGGAGGCCAAGGUGUAGACGCGGACUGCAGGCCGCCGGACGAUGCCGCGUUUGACAUCAUCACCGAUGAGGAGCUGUGUCAGAUUCAGGAGUCGGGCUCCUCGCCUGAGACACCCACCGAAACUGACUCCCUCGACCCUAACAUGCCCGAACAGGACGCCGUGUCAAACUCGCUAACCCCUGAGGACACCGAAGACAUGCUGUUGGGGCAGGAUGCUGAGGUCUGCUUGCUGAAGUCUGGAGAAUUGAUGAUAAAGUUACCGCUGACGGUGGAAGAGAUCGCCAACUUCGGGGAGAGCAACAGGGAGCUGUUCGUGAGGUCCAGUACCUACAGCGUCAUCCCCAUCACCGUGGCUGAGGCGGGCCUCACCAUCAGCUGGGUCUUCUCCUCCGACCCCAAGAGCAUCUCCUUCAGCGUGGUCUUCCAGGAGGCCGAGGACACACCGCUGGACCAGUGUAAGGUCCUCAUCCCCACAACCCGAUGCAGCUCCCACAAGGAGAACAUCCAAGGCCAGCUCAAGGUCCGCACACCAGGCAUCUACAUGCUCAUCUUCGACAACACCUUUUCCAGGUUUGUCUCCAAGAAAGUGUUUUAUCACUUGACGGUUGACAGGCCUGUGAUCUACGAUGGAAGUGAUUUCCCGUAGCCUCAAGCACCUGGAUUCUAGUAGUUUCACUUUAUCCACAGGAAACACUACUCUUGCUCACCUGUCACAUAAAGCACUAAAAAAAAAAAAAAAAAAAAAAAAAAAAAAAAAAAGGCAGCGGCUCCAAAGCUGACGGGCCACCCCUCAGAGCUGCUCUGUCUGGAGCACCUUGUACUCAGAACUUCGCACCGUCACUCUCAGCCUCCAUGGCUUUUAAGGGCUCAAGCACCGUUUCCCGAGAUUAGGGACCCGACUAUCCUCACACCCAAAGGGACACUCACUCUGCCAAAGGUUUAAACCCUCAGGAGACCAUCGGCCUCUCCCGGAGCCACAGCUGGCUCCAGGCCGUCCCCGUGGAGAGUUGCACAGGCCAGAGGCCAUGAUCCCAACUUGUGCCCGGGGAGAGAAAGGCCCCACUCUGCCCAGCAGGGGCCAGGCGUCCUGGGCGACCAUGAGCCGGGAUGUCCCGGCCAGACCCUGUUGAGUCCUCAGGCCGUGAGGCCCUUGGUCCUCCCAGGAAAAGGAGGCCACGGGGCCAUCCUGAGAGUCAGGGCGCCUGGGGGGCCCCUCCGGCGACUCCCUCCAGCCUCUUCCCGUCAUGCCUCUGUCCCUUCCUGCCCCAGUAAAUUUGGGGCUGCUUCAAACUCAACAGUUUUGGAGGGGCCUCGGGCUCCACUUUCUUCCUUGCUCUUCUGUCUGCAAAGUCCUGUCCUCGCACAAAGCCCUUCACUCAGGCAGGCCCCUCAGCCACCCCCCUGAGGACGCGCACUGCGGCGCUGUCUCUGCACGGGCGGCUGAAGCCCCAAAGCCGACUAACCCUGACAGCCUGACCGACAGGCAGCAUCGCGCCUUGGCCCUUAGGACGCACUGUUCAGCUGAUGGGCUCUUUGUAUAAAUAAGAGCUUCUGCCCCACCUUCAGACGUGUUUAGUAACGAUCAUCAUCAGGGUAAGAACCACUUUCAAAUCCCGGGGCCUUCUUAACAAAAGUCUUUGGUAACCCAAGCGUAACAGGCAUCACUCACGAAUCUGCUUUGACUUCACUCCCCGGCCCCCACUUGCCACCCGCCUGCUCCCCAGCACCCCGUUUGCCCACUUCCCGUGGCUCAGCCUACACUUGACCCCCAGGAGCCAUCUCCCCUCGGGGCCGAGGAAUCCUGUGUCCUUUUCCUGGAAGGACAUAGCCUUCCCGCUGUCUGCGGCCCUCCUCCCGCCGUACAGAGCUCACCUUCGAUGGCCUCUUUGUGCCUGGUUCACAGAGGCCAGAGCCCGAAGUCGGGGCUCAGACACUUCCACAGGUGAGCGGGGCAUCUGAGCGGCCCCCUUCGGACAGGUCAGGGACCCCAGGCCACGUCCAGCACAGACCCGUCAGCUACCAGCCAGCAGAGAGGACUCGUGGGGCGGGGGGGGGGGGAAGUAACCUCCAUGAUAGACUCGGAGCUGUCGCUUAACUGGGGACGUGGCUGCUUGCAGUCAGGUUGGGCAGGGCAAGGGGGUUGGUGAACAGAACCUUCCGGAGACAUCAACCCAGAGAAAAGCCGAGCCUCUCGUGCUCUUUCCUUGGAGCGGCCGCCCACGGCAGAAAGCCACCGGGGUCUCUAGCAUCUCCCAGUGGCCCAGGCCUUGACCGUGCUCAGCGCCAAGGCAAGAUGCGGCCGGGCUCCCAGAGACUCUCCCGAACCCCACGCUUGCCCUCCCCGGUGUGCCACACGGCCUGAGGAUGGUUCCAGAGUGGCUGCUCGUAAUAACAAAACCCACAAAAGAGAAGCCAGAGCGGUCCGGAGUCUUGUUCUGAGCGCUUUCCCAGGAUGCCAUGCCGACUGGCCAGCUGAUGGUGCCCCCACCAUCCUGUGCAGCUAGUAGCUCCUGUGUUUCCUGAGAAAGGCCUGGAACAUUCCACCCAAGCCCCCUCGUGAACCUCUGUCAGUCAGCCCGGCAGGGGCCCAACAACACGCUUAGCGCGCCCGGCUCCUGCGAAGCCAGCCCAGAGCCGCUGCUCCAGGAGCACAGGGGCCCCUGGUGGCGUGCAGUGCCCCCGCUCCGGAACGCUGACCCUGACCGCAGUUGUUCGGAGGGUCGCCCGAUCCCCCGGCGGUCACGUCCUGGCUCCAUAUUCCUAUUUAUUGUUUGUGCCGGACAGACUCUUCUCCCUCGUUACUUUGCAGCGUGAGCUCGAGUUUGCUGUGCGUUACGCAACUAGAGAGAACACAUUGGCCUGUUUCAGUGUGGCUUGUACGAAUAGCUUUAUUCUCAUUUUAAACAGGUUCUCGACUUUUCUGAGGUUUGGGGGUGGGGGGAGUUUUCCAAAACCGCAGAUGACAAUGCAGAACAACCACUGAAGGUGGUAGCCCCAGCCAGGAGACUGAAUGACACUAGAAAUCAUCAGGAGGAGACCUCCUUGGGACCCCAGAUCACUAUGCAAAACAAAACAAAACAAGAACCCAGAAGCCCCCGGAUGGCCGGCUCUCUGAAUAACAGUCACUCACCCUGUAGUACUCCUGCCGGCUGCCUGGUCCACCUCUGGCUCAGAAGCCACUUCCCCACCAACCUUCCCCAAGGACACAGCCUCUAAGGCACGCCCACCGAUAGCAAGGAAGGGUGUCGGGAUAAAGCGUGGCCUCUGCAGAGCCCUUGUGGCUGGAUCCCGCUGGACUCCCGGUCACCUGGAUCACGAGCAGGCAAAGAAAUUCCCAAGAAGGAAUCUGGAACUGAAACACCCCACCAGGCUUGAAAAGUAGAAAGGGAAGAAGCCACACGCUGCACCUGAAGAAGAAAGGGAAUGGUUUUCCUAAAAGCUUCCAGUUAUCCCCUCGCCUAGGGUCUAUCUUUAAAUUUCGGGAGACAUCGCUGAUACACAGGCUUCCUUAGAACCUUAGGAUGAGUGUUAUCCAGAGAUGCCCCUGCCUCUGGGGGCUGCACAGCGAUGCCCAGGCCUUGGCUGGGCAGCUUCCGAAUCAGAAUUGCACUUUAAUUGACUAACCCUCCAUUCUCGAGGCCUUACGGGAUAGUGGGUCUGGGGACCCGUUGCGUUCUUACCUGCCAAAGAACUACCCAGAAGCACAUCAAAUUGCCAACACCCCACCUGCACGGCGGCGGGGGGGGGGGGGUGGGAGUGAGAAACUUUUGUACCCCAAACAUACUUCUUUAUAGCAUCUGCGGCACUGUUUGGAACGGUUUUCUUUUUAACCUCAGGAUUUAAAUAAAGCAAACACUAUGACACA